AUGAGAGCUGUGCAUAUCGAGGUCCUUGAGUCCCUGUCGUCUUCAAGCUUUGAGAAUGCAUUAAGAAGGUUCACAGCUAUACGUGGCCCUGCUCGCCUCUUUCGUUCUGACAGAAGAACGAACUUCAUAGGUGCAUGCAAAGAACUUCAGAUCAAAUCUGAUGACCAUAAACUGACUACUUACCUGCAAGAUGAAGGCAGCACCUGGAUGUUCAACCCUCCUCACUCCUCACACAUGGGUGGAGUGUGGGAGCGGAUGAUAGGUGUUGCUCGCAGGAUCUUAGAUGCACUGCUGCUCAAGACAAAUGCCUCCCACCUGUCUCAUGAGGUCCUAGUCACACUCAUGUCAGAAGUCAUGGCCAUUAUGAACGCCAGGCCUUUAGGUUCCGUGUCAUCUGAAUCAGACAUGCCCUCCAUCCUGACACCUGCCAUGCUCCUAACGCAGAAAGCUGAACCAGUACUGCCACCCCCGGGAGAGUGCGACCUCAAAGACCUCUAUGGCAAACAGUGGAAACAGAUUCAGGCUCUUGCCGAUGCUUUCUGGAAACGCUGGCAUCAAGAACACCUGGUGGAGUCACUGUCUCCUCUUAGGGUCGUGCUGCUGGGGAGAACUGGUUCUGGAAAGAGUGCCUCAGCAAACACCAUCCUGGGGAGGAAAGCUUUUAAAGAGGACGUCUCAUUUGAAUCUGUGACUGAAACCUGUAGUAAUCAACAUACUGUAGUGGCUGGUAGAGAAAUUACAGUGAUUGAUACACCAGGAUUGUUUCAUACAGAAAAGCCUAUGGAAGAGCUCAAUGAUGAGAUGGAGAAGUGUGUUGAGAUGUCUCACCCUGGGCCUCAUGCCUUCCUGCUGGUGAUCAGAUUAGAUCUGAGGUUCACAGAGGAAGAGAGGAAUGCUGUGAAGUGGAUCCAGGAGAACUUUGGUGAGGGGGCGCUGAAGUACACUAUAGUGCUCCUCACUCAUGGGGAUGUGCUGGAGGGGAAACCAGUGGAGGAUUUUCUGCGCAAAAGUCCUGUUCUCUCAUCUCUUACUGAACAUUUUGGAGGUAGAUAUCACAUCUUCAACAAUAAGAGGGAAGACAGCACUCAGGUCAGAGAGCUAAAGGAGAAAAUUGAGGCCAUGCUGAAGGAGAAUGGGGGAACAAACUACACCAAUGAGAUAUACAAGGAGGUGCAGAGAAAAAGAAAAGAAAAGGAGAGGAUAAGAGAAAAGGAGGAGAGAAAUAGAAAACAAGAAGCAGAGAGGGAGUUAGAAGAGGAGAGGAGAAAAAGGGAAGAGGCAGAGAUGAAGGCAGAGGAAGAAAGGAAAAAGAGAGUGGAAGCAGAGGAGAGAGCAGAAGAGGAGAUGGAGAGGGCAGAGGAGGAGAAGAACAGGGCAGAUAAUGAGAAGAAGAGAGAAAUAAAAGAAAAGGAGAGGGAAAGAGAAGAGAAGGAGAAAAAGAGAAAACAAGAAGCAGAGAGGGAGUUAGAAGAGGAGAGGAGAAGAAGGGAAGAGGCAGAGAUGAAGGCAGAGGAAGAAAGAAGGAAGAGAGCAGAAGCUGAGGAGAUAUUAGGAGUAGUAGGAGCAGCAUCAGGAUUAGUAGGAGCAGUAGGAGCUGCAGUUGUAGUAGUGCUGCUUCUUCGAUGA